AUGGAUAUAAUAUCUCAAUUGCAGGAGCAAGUGAAUCAAAUAGCAGGACUUACUUUCAACACUUUUGGUACCCUUCAAAGAGAUGCACCAUCAGUCAGACUCUCUCAAAACUACCCAGAACCUCCUCCAAAUCCUACAGAAGAUGCUGCCACUUUCUCUGAGCAACCAAAACAGAUGAGUGCUGCCCUUGUCAAAGCUGCUAAACAGUUUGAUGCGUUGGUUGCAGCACUCCCUCUGUCUGAGGGAGGUGAGGAAGCCCAACUAAAGAAGAUUGCAGAACUCGAGGCUGAAAAUGAUGCUGUAGGCCAGGAACUUCAGAGGCAACUGGAGGCAGCAGAGAGGGAGCUAAAACAGGUGCAAGAGUUGUUCAGUCAAACUACAGAUAAUUGUUUGAACUUGAAGAAACCAGACUGA